AUGCGCUUGGCAAUCCUGUCUUCUCUCGCACUCUUGGCCAUUGCGCCGCCGAGUUCUGUCUUCGCAGAAGCUGAUUGCAGUGAGCCACUUGUGCGGAAAGAAUGGCGGACAUUGAGCAGCGAAGAGAAGCAAAGCUACCUCUCGGCUGUGCAGUGCUUGCAGAAAACCCCCGGCAAGACGUCCGAUUCCUACCCCGGCGUCCAGUCCAGAUAUGACGACUUCCAAGCCGAGCAUAUUCAAAUGACCGACUUGGUCCACUUUGUUGGCUUCUUCCAACCCUGGCACCGAAUGUUCGUUGCUCAGUAUGAGUCGGAUCUUCGAAGUUGGUGCAAUUAUACUGGUGCUCAACCAUACUGGGACUGGUCCCUCGAUGCUGUGUCCCCAGAGGCUUUCCUCAAGGCACCCGUGUUCGACGCAGUUGAUGGAUUCGGAGGCAACGGGCCUUAUGUCGAUUCUGCCAACGAUCCCUCUGUGGUGGCACACAUUCCCGGAAAGACUGGUGGAGGUUGCAUCACAGACGGGCCUUUCAAAGACCGCAAGGUCAGCAUGGGCCCAGGUAAGAGUACGAAACUGAACCCGCAUUGUCUGAGGCGUGACAUCGCGCCCGAGUUCGCGGCUUCCAAGUUGAACAGCACAAUGGUGGACUGGGUACUGUCCGCCGACAACUUCCUCGAAUUCGACAUCAGAGUCCAGGGUGGAAUUUCUGCAGACGCCGCAACCUACCACGGCGGCGGCCAUCGGGGCGUUGGUGGCGAUCUUGGAGAAAUAGCGGAUAUUUAUUCUUCCCCCGGCGACCCUUUAUUCUUCAUGCACCACGCGAACAUGGACAGGCUCUGGCACAAAUGGCAACACCUCGACUGGGACACGCGCCAGUCAGACAUUGGAGGACCGGACACCCAGUUUGCUUACCCGUUCGACUUCUUCGGGACCAACCCGUCAUACGCAAACGUCACCCUCAACUACAAGAUGACUUACCACAACCUUGUCCCCGGGCCUUUCGUCAAGGUCCGUGAUGUGAUGGAAACUCAGAAGCAUGGAUUGUGCUACACUUAUGAGUAG